GCCGUCUGCGCGUGCACAGUUUUUCCAUUCUGGGUUGAGGGUUCCGUCAAAAGCGUAAAGUCUCCUCCAUGAUAGAAGACCAAAGCCUGGAACCCUGGACGGAACUGGCGUACUAGUAUGCGCAGCGACAAAGACAGCGAGCCUGAAACCUAUGGGGAAGGAAUAAAAAAAGAAAUUCAGCACCGUCGCACUCUGUACUUAUAGACCAUCAUUUUCUGGAGAGGUCGCUGCCCCGGGGCUGCGGUUAGGACACCGAAAAUUUGGGGGCAACGCGUGCGGGAUUUGACUCCACGUUGAGCCGCUGAAAUCCUUCCAGAAGACUGAGGCAACGGGCAGGUUUUCCGUUGGACUGUAAGGCUAGCGUAAAGCGAGGGAGCCGCCAUGGCAGUCGGAUCAUUGAGCCUCCACAUCGGGAUAUGAAGAGGAACUGCAUGUGUCCCUGAAUCGCCAAGAAAACGCCGCAUACACCAGUGAUCCACCACACCGGAUCAGCAAUCUGAUCAGCUGUUUUCAACCUUUUUCAUUUUGUAACACUGAGGCUACGUCCAGGAAGAAAUCGCACUUGGUUUUAAUCAGGGGGGCCACAGGGAGAGGCCAGAUUCAUGACUAUUUUAGUCGGAGACGUGUCUUCAAAGGCCCGCUGAGAGAAAAACCUGGACCAUAAGGAAUAAAUGAUGCUCUGAUUGACCGCUGGUGGGACAGAAAGGGUGCUUUAUUAGGUGUUACGGACAAGACUGAAGGAUCUUAGGAUCGCUUUCUGUCUGUCUCCCCUUUAAUUUUUACUGCUAUUCAUUUACUGUCAUCCUUUUUUGGAUGAGAAGGUUCGGCAGAUCGAUCAACCCUGCCGUUUAGAGAGUCAUCAGUCUCCGAGUCCAGUGAGAGUCAAAGGGAUUGGAUCAUGUCGGGUCGGCCCAGGACCACAUCCUUCGCGGAGAGCUGCAAACCAGUGCCGCAGCCCUCAGCUUUCGGCAGCAUGAAAGUCAGCAGGGAUAAAGAUGGCAGCAAGGUAACAACAGUCGUGGCCACUCCCGGUCAAGGUCCUGACCGGCCACAGGAGGUGAGCUACACGGACACAAAGGUCAUCGGCAACGGCUCAUUCGGCGUCGUCUACCAAGCUAAACUGUGCGACUCCGGAGAACUUGUUGCCAUCAAGAAGGUCCUGCAAGACAAGCGGUUUAAGAACCGCGAGCUGCAGAUCAUGAGGAAGUUGGACCAUUGCAACAUAGUCCGCCUUCGCUACUUCUUCUACUCCAGUGGAGACAAGAAAGAUGAAGUUUAUCUGAAUUUGGUUCUGGAUUAUGUACCUGAGACCGUCUACAGAGUGGCCAGACACUACAGCCGAGCCAAACAGACUCUGCCCAUGGUUUAUGUCAAGUUGUACAUGUACCAGCUGUUCAGGAGCCUGGCAUACAUCCAUUCGUUCGGGAUCUGUCAUCGGGACAUCAAGCCCCAGAAUCUGCUGCUGGAUCCGGAGACCGCUGUGCUCAAGCUCUGUGACUUUGGCAGUGCUAAGCAGCUGGUCCGUGGAGAACCUAAUGUGUCGUACAUCUGCUCUCGCUACUAUCGAGCUCCUGAGCUCAUCUUUGGUGCGACUGACUACACCUCCAGCAUAGACGUGUGGUCAGCUGGCUGCGUGCUGGCAGAGCUGUUGCUAGGACAGCCGAUCUUCCCUGGUGACAGCGGCGUAGAUCAGCUGGUUGAAAUCAUCAAGGUUCUCGGCACCCCAACCCGAGAGCAGAUCCGGGAGAUGAACCCAAACUAUACCGAGUUCAAGUUCCCCCAGAUCAAGGCACAUCCUUGGACUAAGGUGAGUCAACAGGUGUUCCGGCCGCGCACGCCUCCGGAGGCCAUCGCCCUGUGCUCUCGCCUGCUGGAGUACACACCGACGGCCCGCCUCACCCCUCUUGAGGCCUGCGCACACUCCUUCUUCGAUGAGCUGCGUGACCCCAACGUCAAACUGCCCAACGGGAGGGAGAAGCCCUCGCUCUUCAAUUUCACCACCCAGGAGUUAUCCAGUAAUCCCUCUCUGGCCUCCAUACUCAUCCCUGCCCACGCCCGCAACCAGGCUGCUGCCUCCACCCCAACUAAUGCCUCUGCCACCACAGAUGGCAGCAGCACAGAGCGAGGUCCCAGCACCACUACCGCCUCUGCCUCAGCCUCCAACUCCACCUCUUGAGCCCGCAGUCCACCCCACACACCCGCCCCGGUCUCAGCCCCAGCCCACGGCCUCUCCAUUGCCCCGGCCAGGGGUCGAGCUCCGCUCCGCUCAGCGCUGCUCUGCUCUGCCCCGCUCUCCUCCCUGACAGCAGCGGAGCGAUGCUGACGCAGUACGGGUUCAACAGCUAGCCAACAGCCCCCCACAACCACCCCCUUACCCCACGCCACAACCACAAACAAAGCGCCUCCGAUCUGUCUCUUUUACACCCCCCCCCCUCCCCACGACUGGCCCCUGUUUCACCCAGCUGUUUGAACUCUACUCCAUCUCUCCGCGCCUUCUCGAUGGGGAAGCAAAGCGCAGGGCCAGAGGUGUCGUCGACUGUACUAUUGAUCAAAGUACACUGUACAUGUAUACACAAUGCUAGCCUGCUAAUGUUUGUAAGAGGACAAUCUGUAGAAAAAGUCCUAAAGCUGUUCCCCUUGACCCUCUCUUCCUCCCAUCUCCUCCAUUUUUCUGCCACCUCAUCCUUCGACCUCUGACCCCUGCGCCCCCCUGGCCAACCCCCACUCUCCCAGUCUUCCCCCUUCCCUCCUUCAGUUCCUCCUGUAGUGCAUGGCCUGAGUAUGGUUAGGAUCACCCGGGGGUCACCCCACCCUCUCACCUCCACUUCUGCAGACAAGGCAUGAGGCUCACGCACGGGUAUACACACAUACAGACUCAUAAACACACACCACAGAACACACAUAGACACACACACAGACACACACACACACACCUGGAUGCAUGAUGACCCUGAUGUAUGUGGAAAGAAGAAGCAGUCCCACCUGUGAUUGGGGGGUACAUUUUGGACGGAUUGUUUUUUUUCUUUGCCUGGGGUUGGUUUUAAAUGGUUAGCAGCUGUUUUACUCGACCUUGUUUUAAAGUUUAGUUUUGUACUCCCAGGCAGAUGACGUUUGUUUUUUUGAUUUUGGAUUGCCAUGUACGAUGGAUGUGACAUGUAUCUGGUCCUGUGUGCUUGUAUAAUAUAUACAUACAAUACAAAACAAACAUGCAUUCAUACACAGUUUAUAUAUUACUUUUCCUUAUGUAUAAAAAGUAUAUAUAGAUAUAUGUAUAUUAACUACAAUGGUUCAGAAAUCAUUUAUGGUGAGCUCAUAUCUGGCAGAGCAGCGGCAAUAUUUGCUGCUGCCUAAAGACAAUAGAUUUAGAGAAGGUGGUGUUCUGUUUCUUUUCGCUGGAGUGUGUUAAGAUUCCAGCACUCACUUCUCUGCUCUCCUGUGUCGUCUGUAUUAAGGCCGUAGAUGGAUCUAGGGCAUUGCCCUAUUCCACGUCUUUGUACCGACUCUGUCUGUAGCAGUGUUUCUGUGACAGUGCAGCGUCCAGACAAACAUCUUCCCCAUCUCUCGCUCUCUCUCUUUCUUUUCUCUCUUUCUGUCUCCGUGAAGAUUUUUUCUUACACUUUAUCCUUUCCUCGACCUCCUUGAGAAGUUUUUAGGCGGUGGUCCUCUGCUUGCCGUUUGACUCUCUCUCAUGUUUUUGUGACCACUGACUGAAGUGUUAGCCUAUAGCAUCCUUCUUCCUCCACCUGCCGCACAUAGAGCCACUCGGUACAGUCUGUCGAAGCGUCUUAUUUACAGAGAAUACUCACUACGUUUAAGAAAAAGAAAAGAAAAAAGCAGAAUUUGUAUAUACAGUAUAAAUGCUCCUCACCAAAAGUCUGACUUGUAUGACUCGUAUGUUGUUUUUUUAUGUUGUUAUGUUUAUUUUUUUCCAUGUUGUGUUCAAGGUAUGUAUAUAUGCAGACCCAUGUACUGUUUAUGAGCAAAAACAAAGACGACAAAGGGUAGGGGAAGAAAAAUGAUUAAAAAAAAAAAAAAAGAAUCAGGGCAAAACUGAUGUUGUUCAUGGAUAUUGUAGAUGAUGAUGAUGAGCUUUAUCCAGCCAUAUGUUCAAUCUUACCUGUACAGUACAGUAGAUGACAGCUGUAUUAUUGUAACAAGAACUAGUCAUGUAUAGUGUAACUAUAGUUUGGAGUGCCUUUGCUUUCAUACACGUUCGCCUUGUUUCCCUCCUUCCCCUGCCCCCAACCCUCGCCAUCAAACCUCCACUCCCCCCCACACACAUUUAAAUUGUGACUCUCCCUUUGGUGCUGUUGAAUGUCCUGCUAUCCUGCAAUACACUCUUCCACCUGAUCGUCUGUCCCUCUUCCCCUUUGUCAUUGCACACUUAAUGUAAAAAACAAUGUUAAUUGUAAGGAUCUUCUCCUUAAAUGAAGUGUUUAUUUGAGAUGUUUUAUCUUGGACACAUAUACACGCACAAACAUGGAAACACCACAGUCCUGGCACCAAUUCCAGGGCUCGGUGGGGGAGGGGAGGAGUUAUGGUUAACAGCAAGGGGUUUAUAAAGGCCUCAUAUACUGUAUACAAAGGAUACAGUACAUUUUCUGUAUUAUUCACAGUGUUGGUUCCGUUACCAAAGCCAAACUAAGAUGUAGUCUUGUUGAGCCAUCCUCGAAGGCACCUCUGUGCCUCUUCUUCUAUCUCCGGAUAUUUUGUUGUCUCUCUGUCCUCUUGCUUGUCCCCCUCUCUGUCUGGCCAUCCAGGGGGAGGGGGGGGGGGGGACUUCAGUAGCACCUAAGGGGGUCGAGUCAUGUAGCUUCUCUCCCGUCUCCUGCUUGCUGUAAUUUUUGCAUUCAUGAACGUGUUGCUACCACCAGACAGUUUGACCACCUCACCCUACCCCCAGCUCCAGUUCAACAAAGACACCACAAAGUUACCAAAAAAGAAGGCAAACAAGUAUGUAUGCUAGUAUAACAUAGAAUACUUGCAUACAUAUGCUAACUGGGGUUCAAUAAAAGAAAAAUCAUAGAAAAUACUACAAAAACAUCCUGUAUAACAGUACUACUACUUGAAUGCCUCUGUUUGUGACUGAACUCUUUUUUUUUUUUUUUUUUUUUUGUUUGUUUUUAUUUUUUUUUUUUUUGUUCUGUGAAGGUAUGCUAAAUGUGCACCUCUGUAAAUAAUCCCUCUGCGUGCUCUGAGGAAUAGUUCCCUGGUACUGUAAUUUGCAUUAAAUAAAGAGUAGGAUAGCCUGGAAAUGAU